AUGGUAUUUUUAGGAGUAAGGAAUAGGGAGGGAAAGAUACGAAUCGAUGAGUCCCCAACUGUUCCUUCGACUUUUUUCGCCUCUCGUCAAGCCAACGUAUACAAAAAAAAAAAUACCGCAAAAUCCACUACAGUUCAUUAUCAUGAAAUGAACAUAUCUGAUGUCAUUUUGAAACAAGCGAUCAUUCUCAUUCGUUCAUUCAACAGAAGAAGAAGAAUGAUCACUGCACUCAAAUCAAUCAAUGCAAGUGGUACUUGUAUUCAAUCAAGUAGGAGAUAUAUGGUGUCAUCUUCAUCAUCAUUGAUAUCAUCUUACAACAACAUUGAUGAUCAUACGACAAGACACUACUCGACAUCAUUUAAAAGGAGAGGUGGUGGUGCAAGUAGUAGCAAACUAUUUGGUAUUGGUUCAAAAAGUGGUGCAAGUAGUAAUAAUUUAAAACAACAACAACAACAACAAUCAUCAACUACAAAUACAACAACUUCAAAUACAACAACUUCAAAUACAACAACUACUUCAACAAAAACACAAAAAAAGAAGUCAUCUACUUCAUCUACCUCAUCAUUUGCCGAUUUAUUAAAAGGAGACGAAGAUGAUAUACAUAAUCUAAGUGAUAAAGAAGUAAUGAAAUUAAUGAAAGAAAUGAAAUCAGACCCUUCAAUGAAAAUGUUGGCAAAAAAGUUUGGUUUGGAUGAUAUGGAUUUAGAUUUAAAUGAAGAUUUGGAUAUGGAUGAUAUGGAUGACAUGGAUGAUAUGGAUAAUUUGGAUGGAUUAGAUAUUGAUGAAAUGUUGGGUAUAAAAGAAAAUGAAAAAGAAAUUGAAAAUAUAAAAGACAAUCAAAAAGACAAUCAAAAUCAUUCAGCUUGGGAAAAUAAUAUAAAAAGUAAAAUUGAAUCAGUUUCAGAUUUAAAUGAUCCAAAAUCAAUGGAUAAUAUAUUUGAACUGUUAUCAAAAGAUGUAACAUUUGAAGAUAUGGAGAAGAAUGUUAAAGAUGAAAUGAUGGAAGCACCAAACGCCGAGAUUGCAGAUCGUGUACACCAAAUGUCAAAUAGAUACGAUCGUAAAAAGAAUUGGCUAUCUUUUAAAAGAUUAUUAAAAUCAAAGGCCAAUGAUUGGCGUCAAAUUCCAACCUCUUCACUCAACGUAUUACGUAAACGUACAAAUCUAGAUGAAUCAAAAUGGUCAAAAUUAAUUGAUUAUUAUCAAUAUCAAAAAUCAAAUCAACAAACUAAUCAUCAACAAAAUAAUAUAAAUAAUACUAUAAAUAAUAUUGAUAAUAAUAUUGAUAAUAAUUUUGGAUUUGGAUCAAAUACAAUUAUACUUGAUAAACCAUCAACUACAACUACUUCAACUACAACUACAACAAAAAUUAUUUCAGAUUCAAGAAAUGAAAUUAGAAAUGAUAUUAGAAAAAAGAUUAUUGAUAAUUGGAGAGAUUCAAUUAGAAUUAAAGUUUUGGAUAAAAUGUCUAAACGUACAAUGAGACAAUCAAUACCAGAGUACAAGAAGAGGUUUAUACCAACUGGAUCAUUCUCUUCGAUUGAACAAUUAAUAGACACGAAUAAUCCAAAGGGCAAUGCAUUCCAAAACUUUUUCGAACCUGAACUUGUCAAUAUGUUACUCGAAGUGGCAUCGCUACACCAAAACAAAUUGACCUUUGCACAACGUGUCUAUUUACAUUUAUAUUCGUUACAUUUAUUUGUACACCGAAAUCUUUUCAAGGGUACAUCUCCCUUUUUCGAACCGUUGGCAUCGUCGUUUGUACUGACUGGUGAGCAAUGUAGAGAGGUGGAGAGAUUGGCAGACAAUCAAGAUUAUGGUACAUUGGUUAGAAUGGCAAGAGAUUAUGGUGGUAAAUCUGUAUUUUCAGGUGCCAAUAACAUCUAUGUACACCUAUUCAGUCAUCUUAAAAGAACUGGUAAAAUGUAUAUCUUUUUCCAAGAGUUGGAGAAACCAUUAUUCCAAACGGAGACAAUGACAAAUGGUGAUUUUGCAAGUAUAGUUGGUGCAUUCCUAAGUAUUGGUGGACAAUCAACUGCAGCAGACAUGAUACUGGAAUUAAUGGUAGAUGCCAAAAUUCCAAUCCCAACAUCUCUGUUUACAACGUAUUUGGAUUAUUUCUACCAAAAGGAAAACAAAAAUAUCUCUGGGUUUAUGGAAAAGAUGGAUGAAUUGUCAAUGUAUAUUGGUGUUAGAAAGGAUAUAGACAGCUCAAAUAAAUUGGUUAAUCAAGACAAUAAUAAGCAAGAUGGAGAGGAAAUUGAAGAUGGAAUGGUAUAUGAAAUACCGACAUCUGAAGCUACCAGAGACCUAACAUUUUACAAAUCACUACUUGUACAUUGUUAUGAAAGUGGAUAUGUAGAGUUUAUAGAUCGUAUAGAAACACGUAUGCAAGCAGAAGGUAUUGGAGCAGAUUUGGAACUAUUCAAUGCAAAGAUUAAAUUACAAGCUUCGAUGGGUGUUAAAAUGGAUGAAUCGAUUUUUGAAAAUGCACAAAUCAAAACUCAUGGUGAUAAUCCUAAAAAACGUCCACCUCCACAAGCCAACGGACACACCUAUCUAGCUCUACAACACAGUAAUUUGGUUAAACAAGGAAUUGAAAUGUUUAAACAACUUCAAACCAGACUACAACAAAAAUGGAAAUUUAAAACAAAUCAAUUUAUACUUUCAAAUAGAAUAUUUGGUUUUGCUAUUCAUCAAAAAGAAAAUGAAAAGAAAGUAGAAAAAGUAGAAAAGAAAAAAGAAAAAAAGGUUUUGGAUGAUAUAGUUAAAAUUUUAAUUAAAGAUAUGGAAGGAUAUAAAGAUCAAAGACCAAUGAAUCAUGCAAUUGUAUUGUAUGCGGAAGCUUUUAAUGGAGCUGAUCAUGAACGUUUAAUCGAGGUAUUGGAAGAUUUGACGGAAAAGGAAUUCUCAAGACCUCUGUUGGAUCUUUUGGUUUAUGGAUACAUGAAAAAUAUAAAUCAUUCAAACAACAAACAACAAAUUCAAUCUAGUAUUUCAAAUUUAUCAGCUACUCUUUUAUGGAUUCAACAUCAUUUUGGUAAUACAUUUACAAUUGAUCAAUCAACGAUUGAUUAUAUUGAUAAACAUUUAAAGUUAAAAGGUGAUUUUAAAUUUAAAUUGAAUUAA